UCAUGGACCGGCGGACCGCCACCGCCGGCGGCUGUCGCGAGGGAGAGUCCGCGCGGGGAUGUAGUGCCGGCUGGCGCGGCCGCAGUGACAGAGGCUGCACGGCGGGCGCCGCAGGAGAUGCCGUCGUGAACCCGGCACAAGAAUGUCUGUCCGAUGAGAUGAGGCUCCGAAGUGGGACUGUUGUGACGGCUGUGGUCCUGUGCAGCGUGGUGUCGGUAUCCUGGUACGCGGCGUUCUCCGCUCAGAAAGGGGAUGUGGUAGAUAUUUAUCAGCGGGAGUUCCUAGCAUUACGUGACAGACUCCAUGCAGCUGAGCAAGAGAACAUCAAACGAUCUAAGGAACUGAACGUGGUUUUAGAUGAGAUCAAGCGAACCAUUGCCGAGAAACAAACUCUGAGAGACGUCAACAGAACCUGGAGUGACCUAUCAGAUGAAGCGAAGCUCAAGUUGUGGAACGUCACCGUCAGUAAGAAUGUACUGCAGCUUCCAAGUAUCUUCAAUCACCUCCCACAUCUGCUGGCCAGGGAGAACACUUUCCUGCCGUCCGUCUACUUGGGACAGAGAAGAACUGGAGUUUCGAUAGUGAUGGGAGUUCCCACUGUAAAGCGGGAGGUGCACAGUUACCUGAUCAAUACCUUGAACUCACUCAUUUAUGAGCUGACCCCCGGGGAGAAGCAAGACUGUGUGAUUGUUGUACUCAUUGCAGAGACAGACCUACCAUAUGUAAAUAGUGUGGCUGAAAAUCUCAAACAUUUAUUCCCAAAUGAAAUUCAGUCAGGGCUGCUGGAAGUCAUUGCUCCUUCGGUGAACUAUUACCCUGACUUCUCCCAUCUGAAGGAAACGUUCGGAGAUCCAAAGGAAAGGGUCAGAUGGAGAACCAAACAGAACCUGGACUAUUGCUUUUUAAUGAUGUAUGCCCAAUUGAAGGGCACCUAUUAUGUACAGCUGGAAGAUGAUAUUGUGGCGAGACCCAAUUAUUUAAGCACAAUGAAGAACUUUGCACUGCAGCAGCCCUCAGAAGAGUGGAUGAUCUUGGAAUUUUCCCAACUGGGAUUUAUUGGAAAGAUGUUCAAGUCACUGGACCUAAGUCUGAUUGUAGAGUUUAUCCUGAUGUUCUACAAGGACAAACCCAUCGACUGGCUACUCGAUCACAUCCUCUGGGUUAAAGUCUGCAACCCGGAAAAAGAUGCGAAACACUGUGACCGGCAGAAGGCAAACCUCCGGAUCCGAUUCAAGCCUUCCCUAUUCCAGCACGUCGGAACGCAUUCCUCGCUGGCCGGAAAGAUCCAGAAAUUGAAAGACAAGGACUUUGGGAAACAUGCCCUACACAAAGGUCAUUCCAACCCACCGGCUGAGGUCACCACUAGCCUGAAAACCUACCAGCACUUCACACUGGAAAAGGCUUACAUGGGAGAGGAUUUCUUCUGGGCAUUCACCCCGGUGGCUGGCGACUUUAUACGCUUCAGAUUUUUUACGCCAGUCAAAAUAGACAGGUUUUUCUUCCGCAGUGGGAACAUCGAACACCCUGGCGACAAGCUCUUCAACACCUCUGUAGAGGUUUUGCCAUUCGAUAUGGUACAGUCGGGGAAGGAAACCUUGCUGGAUGGAAAAGACAAGUUUCCCAAAUACCAGCGAACAGAGGAUGGCUACAUCCGCAUCGCUUACUUCACAAACGGUAUCGCUGAGGGGGAGGUGGACCCAUCGCUCGGGCCACUGGAGUUUGUUCGCUUGUCCACCCUGUCAGACUCGCCGGUUUGGGUGAUACUUAGCGAGAUAUUUAUAAAGAAAACCGAGACUUAAGAAAGGAUUUGGGUGUGACGCUGAAUGCUGCUCCCUGCAGCCUGCGAUAGUUCGAUUCAGGAAUCUUCCUCCUCGGUUCUUGGCCCUUCGAUUUCAUCGCAGAGAGACUGCAGCAGCCAAUCGGGGAGAGCAGGAGAGGCCAUCAAUGCCCCACAACACUGCACAAACAUGCAUAUCUCGGAGCAGUGCUGUCUGCUGCGAUAUCUUUUCUACUCAACAAAAUCAAAACGUUGUACGAGAGUCCAUUUUUCAUUGGAUCUUCCAUGCUGAUGCUCACUUGUCCAAUUCAUUCCAAAAACGUGCCCCAUUUUUAACCUGUACCUCACGGAAUGUUCAAACCAGGAGCUGCUCAUAGUGACCGGCCUGUUGCACAGAGGAGAGGGUGGGGAGAGCCUCUUAAUGGAGGGAAUGUGGGUAGGGAGAGUCUCAUAUUUGGAGGAAGGAUUUCUAGGGAGAGCCUCUUACUGGAGAUGGGGAGGGUAAUUAGAAUCUCUUAUUGGAGGAUGGAAGGAUAGGGAAAGUCUCUUAUGAGGGUAGGGCGCGUCUUAUUGGAGAGUGGAGGGUAGGGAGAGUCUCGUUGGAGGAGGGGACAGCAGGGGGAACCUCUUGGAGGAUGGGAGGGUAGGGAGAGUCAAAUGGCAGUGGAGGGUAGGGAGUGUCUCUGAUGGAAGUGGCUAGGGAGCGUCUCUAACAGAAGGGCAGUUAGGGUGCAUCUCUAAUGGACGUUAGAAGUAGGGACUGUCUCUGAUGGUAGGGGGUCAGAGAAUAUCUGCUGGGAGGGGUUCAGGGAGCGUUCCUGUUAGACAGGAAGAAAGGGGUAAGGCGCAAUUUUCUAAUGGGCUGGGUAAGUGGAAAUGUCUUGCAGGUGGGUUGUGAAUGGUUGCACCUGAGGGGAGGAAGUGGCGGGGGAGCAUUUCAAGAAAUGGAAAUAGUAUCUUUCUGAGGAUGGUGAGUGUUGGAAUUGUAGCGGAAAAGUUCGGGGAUAAGGGGUUCUCGCUAAUGAGGAGAGCGUCAAAUGAAGUCUGUCACACUGGAGGUAAUCAGGAGGGAAUGUCUGGGAUGCGUCUGAAGAGGUUGGAGACGGGGAGCAUUUGUGAGUGGAAGAAAAGCAGAUGAAGACUGGAUAAUGGAACACAGUGCUGAAAGAGUGUCUCAUAUCAGGGAUUAAUCCAGGUUGUGUAUCCUUAAUUUUUACUCAUUUUGGAGAAAAUUUUAUAUCCACUACAGUCAAUAAGGUUUGGAUGCAAGCUUGAUUACUAACCGCAACAAAAGUCCUGGCAUAUUUAACUGGAAUAUAGGGUCACGCUGUCUCCAAGGUGCUGGAUAAUCCUUGUUUCUUGUGUAAAUUUGCUGAUUAACGUGCUGAGAUUCAAGAUCUGGUUGGCCAGUUUUAAAUACUCCAUGUGGGGCUUUGACCUUUUUACUGCCAAAAUGGUGCUGGGGAAAUCUGACAGAACAAAAUAAAUGUUUGAGCUCUGAUCCAAACUCCCUGGAGGCGAUGAGGGCGACAUUGAUCAAUUACUUAUUCUUUGUCUAAUGAAUGCAGGUUCUUUGUGUGCAAUCCUGGUCGGUUUUGUGCCAACCUGAACAAAUGGUGUAGCAGACAAGGCUUUUGUUUCUGGGUCACAGUUGAAGGGUCGGAACGUUACUAUGUCUAUAAUUGUACCGUGAAAGUGGAUGUGAAUAGGAAUAAGGUGUUGUUGUGCUUACGUCAACCUUUUCAGGUAAACUUAUUGAAAGGAGGGUUUCUGCUUCCAUGGUGUUUUUAUUAUAAGUAAUAAAGAUUGCAGUGAAUGGAUGAAAAAAAUUUAAUAUAUUUAUUUUAUAAUCUGUACUAUUUUACACAAUCUGUAAAUGAGGUCUAAUUUGUAGAUAAUAAAUAUGUAUCAUUACAAAUCGA